UAUUUAUUGAGGAUUAGCUGGUAGUCUUCCUGGGGUCCAACGAAAGACAACAAAAGCACAAAACAGUCAAUCACAUCAUUUACAAUACAUUACAUAUACAGAUACAAUUAUAAUAUUAGUUAAGUUAAGAUAAACAUUUAAUGAUUUUCAUAAAUCUAAGAAAUUGAUUUUCUCUAAAGACAAAACAACAACUCGACAUACAGCCAAGUCAAUAUUUAUAAUUUAAAAUGAGAUUUAAUUUACAACAAGAUGAUGAGGCAGAGUGUUCCAGUGAUUUAUUACUCUGUAGAUAAAACAACGUGUUUGUUCUGGGGUGAGGCCCACUAGUGCCACAGUCGUGCACAGAACUUCCAAAAAUAAUUUGUUUGAAUAAUCUGACUGACUUAAACAUCACAUCUGUGUGAGAUGCAUAAGAGGGACCCAAUACCAACCGUGCAGCCUUAUUUUGGGCGAUCUACAGCUUUUGUGACUUCUUUGCAAACUUCAAAUGCUUUGUGAAUGAAACAAUCCCAGCUGGUUUUACGCGCUGAAAACAGGCUGUUAGCGCCUGGUCAUUACUUCACACCUGGUCAGAGCCAGAGGUGUUAUCGACCCGUGGGUGGGGGGUGGUUGGGGGCCGCGCACACGUGCACGCGCGCCCGAGCCACUUCCCCACAGACAGUGUUUACAAACAAGUGGCCUCCAGAUGGCAGGGUCAUUCGCCCCGAUGAUAACAAGGCCUGCAAAACAGAUGAGCUCCACAAACCCCGCAGCCACAGCAGGGCCGGUGUGAGGGCUGGUCUGCGCAGGCAACAGAGUUUGUUUUUAGUGAGCGCACACCGUAGCGACAAUAAUUUAAAACACAGUUAACCUCAUCAUUACAAAGUAACAAGAUGCUGCAAAGGGGGCGACGUGCAAACGCAGGCAUGGAUUCUAUAGUGGAGGGGGAGCACCAUCGUGCAUCGUGGAUUUACGCUUCCAUCGCCGUGCAGACUAAGGACAGCGAAACCACUCAAACUCCCUCUAUAUCGUAUUCUGUGUUCGCACUAGUCGAUAAUAUGGAUGCACAGUCGUUAAUUUUUAAUUAUCUUUAGACGUGGUUGUUAGUGGGAGUGACUGCACGUGUAAACUGGUCGAUCCACUCCGCUCCUCCAGAAAACUCCGUCUUUUCUUUCUCCCCAAACAGCCAAUGCGCGUAUUGCUACACACCAACCGACCUUGAAUCUGUCCUCGGAUUAAUUCUCGCCUACGAUUGGUUGGAGUUGUUUCGCGUCAUCGGCGCCCCGGAUUGUGAUUGGUCGGGAAGGCUGCCACCGAAGUCACAUCCGCCUCCUGCUCUGUUUGGUUGGACCUCUCCGCUACCCUUUCUCUCGGCGGUGGGUCGGAGCCGCUGUCCCUGGCCUCGCAUGUUCCCCUCUAGAUUCCUGUUUUGAAUUUGAUGCCCCUCUUGUAGAUUCGCUUCAUUUACACGCCUUCUGUUGGGCCUCGGUCGGGCGUUCAUACCCCGGUGUUUUAGUUGUCCCGGUAUCUAGCGGAUAAGAGACCCCAGAGCAUGGCCGUGGUGAGCGGAUCGCCUGGGCCGGUCGCCCGGCUCGAGGGCCGUGAAUUCGAAUACAUGAUGAAAAAGCGCUCGGUGACCAUCGGCCGGAACUCGUCUCAGGGCUCCGUGGACGUGAGCAUGGGCCACUCCAGCUUCAUCUCGCGACGGCACCUGGAGAUAUUCACCGCCAGCGACGACGGCGCCGGCAGCGGGGAGUUCUACCUGAGGUGCCUCGGUAAAAACGGGGUGUUUGUAGACGGAGUGUUCCUCAGACGGGGCGCCCCUCCUCUGCAGCUACCGCGAAUGUGCACUUUCAGGUUCCCCAGCACAAACAUCAAGAUCACGUUCACGGCCCUGUCCAGCGGGAAGAAAGUGAAGCGAGAGGCGCCGGAGUCCCCAGUGACACCAGCACAGCCCCAGAUCACCCCCCUGACCAUCAACAUUCCAGACAACAUCGCUCACCUAAUGAGCCCCCUGCCAUCGCCCACUGGCACCAUUAGUGCUGCUAAUUCUUGCCCCUCCAGCCCGCGGGGUGCUGGCUCUUCGGGCUACAGGAUGGGUGGUCGCAUGGUCAGCUCUGCAGAGCUGCAGCUUAUCAACGACAACUCCCAGCCCGAGAACGACAAAGAGGCCUCCGGAGGGGACAGUCCCAAGGAUGACUCCAAACCUCCGUACUCCUAUGCACAGCUGAUAGUCCAGGCCAUUACGCUGGCUCAAGACAAGCAGCUCACACUAAACGGAAUCUACAAUCACAUCACAAAGAACUACCCGUACUACCGGACAGCAGACAAGGGCUGGCAGAACUCAAUCCGUCACAACCUGUCACUCAACCGUUAUUUCAUCAAAGUGGCGCGGUCGCAGGAGGAGCCUGGCAAAGGUUCGUUCUGGAGGAUAGACCCGUCCUCGGAAGGCAAACUCAUCGAGCAGGCCUUCAGGAAACGAAGGCCGCGGGGUGUCCCCUGCUUCAGGACCCCGCACGGACCCCUCUCCUCCAGGAGUGCCCCUGCGUCUCCCAAUCACUCGGGGGUGCUUUCAGCUCACUCGAGCGGCGUCCAGACCCCCGACAGCCUAUCACGAGAGGGCUCCCCGGUUCCCCUGGAGCUGGAGACGUCCUCUGCUCCCACCUCGGUGUCCACCACAGCAGUCCAGCCCAAACUGGCCGUGAUCCAGGAAGCACGCUUUGCACAAAACACACCAGGCUCGCCUGUCAACAACCAGCCGGUACUCAUCGCAGUCCCGCGUCAGUUACCUCAAACCAUCAAGCCAGUGACUUACACCAUGGCCUCCCCAGUGAGCACCAGCGCCUCCCAGCCCGCUGUCCAGACUGUCCACGUCCUGCAGCAGAUCCCGGCGGGGUCCCUCAGCUCGGCCGUCAUCGCCCAGCCGGCCACCAUCAUCAAGAGCGAGACGCAGGAGAACGGAGAACACACAGAGGUCAAAGUUAAAGUAGAGACGGUUCCCACCAUCACCUCUAUAGGAGCCUCCAGUCGCAUCAUCCAGAGCUCCCAGUCAGCCACGCCCCUGCAGACUGUUACCAUAGUGCAGCAAGCCCCCAUGGGUCAACACCAGCUGCCCAUUAAAGCCAUCACACAGAAUGGCACCCACAGCAUCACCACUGCCAUCCAGGGACCCACCAGCUCAGCGUGGUCCUCCCGUCUCCUCCAUGCAGCUCCAGCUGUAGCGAGCCCGCUCCACCUGCUGGCGGCCCACGCCUCGGCCUCGGCCUCCCUCCCCACCAAACGCCAGAACGGAGACCAGCUGGCCAGCGAACAGCCGGACGCCAAGCGCAUCAAAUCGGAGGACGACACGAGCGCCGCCGCAGAUUCAGACUCGCCAGCAACUAACGACCAAGGCGGCCACCUCAACUAGUCUGUUCAACCCCACACACCACACCACCCUCCACCACCCUCAACCACCCUCAACCACCACCACCACCACCACCACCACCACCACCUUCUCCUCCCAUCCACCGCUUCUCUCUCUCUCUCAUCCCCCGUCGUUUGUUUCGUUUCUCCUCCUUCUACCACUGAGGUGCCAAACGGAGAGGAUUCUUUUCAUUUUCAGUUUGGUGAUCGUUCUAGAGCAGCAAAAGAAAAAAAAAAAACUAUAUAUAAAGUCCAGCCCCUUUAAGGACCUGAAUGUGGGCUGAGAACAAAGCAAAGAAAUGGGACAAAGAUAAACUCGAAGGUGUAACUGUGAACCGCUGAAACAGGGGAGUAACUAAAGCAAGACCACAGGAAGCCUUAACAACAAUUAACCCUUAAGAGCUGACUGGGAGAGGCCCUGACUCGGCUCGGGCUGGACGCCACCUUUCUGUCGCAUCUACCUCAGAGCAGAUAGGAGACUCCAGCAGACAACGUGACCAACCGAGCGACAAAUGUCACAAGCAUUGAACGGUUAAUUUAUUUUCAUUUUUUUUAAGCAAAGAGGAAAAAGAGCAGCGUUCAGAAAGGGAUCAACUCGAAGCCAAUAUUCCUGAAACUCUGGCAGCUAGCCUCUCACAAAACUGACCUUCCUUUAACCGCAGCUGUACGUAGAUAUGCAGUAUUUUGUUGUUCAGAAUGUGGAGCAUAGGAUUUUUUAAAAUGUAAUUUCACUAGACGAGUAAUAAUUUAAUUAAAAGGAAGCGUACAAAAACGGUGACAUUUCGGUAACUCUUUACGUGAACUCCUCUUUCUGUUCGGUGACACAGUGUGAUCGUUUAUUUUAUUUUGUUUGUUUUUCCUCGUUUCUUCUUCUUCCCCUCCUCCUUCUGACAUAUCCGUAUGGAACCGCUUCGUUAUACCUACAUAUUUUAAUACUUGCACAGAUAACCGAUAUAAGCAAAUCUCCAUGUGUAGUUCCAGAUGUUGACCUUGCAUGUAUCUGACAACGGAGAAGUCGUUAACUGUAAAACGAACAGAGGGAAGAAAAAAAAAAGAAGCCCUGCUUUGUCCAAACCAGACCUGCACUUGAUUCAAUGUUUGUGUUUUCAUUUCCCUCCUCCUUUUCGUUCUCCUCACACCCUCCACCUCCUCCUCUUCCUCCUCCGGCUGUGUUGAUGUUGUGGUGUUGGCAGACCCCAUCCACCUUCUCCUCCGCUUGAUUAUUUUGCUCUGUUCUGGCGACCUGGAGAGUCCGUUUUUCUUUUUUUUUCUUCUUUUUUUUGUUGUUUUUUGUUUUUGUUUUUUUUUUUUCUGAUUGUACACGUU